UUGCGAACACAACAAUGAAAUUUCUAGAAAAAAGGGAGGGGACUAACAGUUUGCAUGUCAAAAUUUACGCGGAUGCGAUCAGUCUUCCAUCGAACGAUUUGCACGAAAAAAGUACUCCGCUCCUCAUUCGUUUGUACGAACGAUCAACACGCAAUGUAUUCCGCCAAAGGAAGCAGCGCACCGUACGAUGGCGAAAAACAAAAGAAGGAAUGUAACGCUAUUUCGAUGGAACGUCGCGCAGUGCGCUUACUGAGCAGACGUUACACUCUGACGACCACGGGUUAUAAAUUUUUGGAAAUUGGAAUCAACGUUGGUCCACCGAGCUACAUGGAGAUCGCUCUGGGAGAUCAUCGAGGACAAGAACUACUUAAAACGUGGAAGGAACUCUACGAGCAGCGAUGGAAUAUCUAUAAAUUGCUGUAGAAACGAUUACAAAGACGAUAUUUAUAAUACGAUAAGCGUUGGACUGUUAACCGUCAGAGUUUGCCUGAUGAACGACGUUACUCGUACGUUUUGAAUCUUUGAACGUACGCAUAAUGAUGAUCGUAUAUUUAGUAUCGAUCAUAUCGACGAAUCUGACGAGUCGAUCGAACGUCACAUCGAUACAUUCGUCCAGAUCAUUCGACGUUAUGUCGAAUACGAUUGAUGCCAAGUAUACGCGAUUCUCCAACAUCGCAUCUGUUGUAACAGAUCCCGAGGAAAUACCGAACACGAUACGCGAUUGCGAUAUCUUCAAUAGACGGCAACUCGUCGAUUGCGAGCUAU